CCUCGUGGGCGCUUAACUCGACUCGAAGCUCCGUACGUUUAAGGUAAACACUGAAGAUUCGUUCGCGCGCGUGUACACUUACCGUUUAAACUUCGAAUUUUCACCUCUCAUGUUUUUUUGUUGUUUGUACUGACUAUUAUAACAGCGAAGUGAGUGACUUUUUGCCAAGUUUUUGUGUUCUUCGCCAUGUGCGGCGGUGACCAUGCGGCCGCCGCCGCCGGCUGAUCAUCGGCAUAUGAAAAUUUUGAACUCUUUUGCACAGUGGUGUUGAGCGUGGCGGCCGGAGCGGGCGGCGGGGCGGGCCCGCGACAUGAGCGGCGCAGCAGCCCGCCCCGCCGGCCAUGCAGCGACUGCGCACCACCUUCAGACGUUCCCGCACGCCCACGCCCCAGGAUAUGAAGACGCAGAGCAGCCUCGAAGUGCCCAAGCAGGUCCGGUCGGCGUCGUUCGAUGAGAUUCAGUUGGAGGCGGCUCGAGGCUCCGGCGCCAGCUCCCUGCUGUCCGUGCCGCAGUCCGGAGCGCGGAGCCGAUCCUUCGACUCCGCCGGAUCUGAUGACUCGGGCACUUACUUAGAGGUCCCACGUCUUUGGUCAAGACGACGUUCGGGGAAAGGCACGCCACCACCAUGCAUUCACUGUCGUCACAUGGAAACCUGGUUGGCUCAACGGAGCGAAGAACGAACGACACCUGAAAGGCCACCUGCCUCUUCAUCUGCCGAAGAUGACGACGACGAUGAGGAUGAGAGCGAGAGUGAUACACCAAAAAUUUUGCUCGCUCCGACCCCGCUGCCGAGAACAUUCCUACCGCCUCCACCGCAGUCUCCACCACCGUCUCCGGGUGCACCGUCCUUUGAAUUACAACCACCGAUUGACGAACCACCCAUACUGCCACAAAGACGACGUUCUAUCUCACGACAGGAAGCUUUCUUUGUCGAACCUACGGGAAGCUCCCUCGAGAACGUAAGAGCUUCCGAGCAGGGCGCUAACAAUGCUCCGAGGGACAGCUUGGUCCAUGAUAUAUAUUUAGCUGUUCCUGAAUUAAAACGCGAUCGUGCCGCUUCAGUAGAUUCGUGUUUUUCAAAAGUUUCCGGCGGUGCGAGAGCCGAAGAGUUAAGUGAAAAUGGUGAUUACUUGACCGUUCCGGGUACGGGGCUUCGCUCGCGGUCCGUGGAUAUCGUUUUACCAACUGCGGAGCAGUCGCGUUACAAAGCGCUCGCUCUAACGGCAUCUCAAGCGCAGCCACAAAUUAGUCAUCAGGUGCCCGAAGAACCCCAAGCUAUCCCUGUUGUACUGCAGACUUUAGAUAACAGACGCACAAGCGAGAGUGCCGGCGGCGCGCGAGUGAUUCGCUCCACACCCGACUGGAGCGAUGCGGCCAUCAGCGGCGAGCAUCUCUGGGCACCCACAUCUGUGUCCGGGGACUGCUGCUACGUUGGAGACACUGAAUGCCAGAAACAUGGAUCCCGAAUGAAAUGUUCAGCGUGCAAGAUCGUGGCACAUCAGGCGUGCAUAGACGUCCUAAUAGACCGCGUGCAGUUCUCGUGCAAGCCUACUUUUCGGGACGUUGGGGUUCGACAGUACCGGGAGCAAACCCUGACUCAUCACCAUUGGGUCCAUCGACGAACUGAGAAGGGCAAGUGCAAGGCUUGCGGCAAGUCAUUCCGGCGCCGUUGCUGUGGUUGGUGCCUAACACCGCAAACAUCUGUAGACAAGGCUAUUGAAUUACAUGACGAAAUAGGAAAUCGUUCACUCCAAGCAAAACUAUCAUUUAGUUCUAAAGAAAUUGUUGCACUGAGUUGUUCCUGGUGUAAAGAUGCCUAUCAUAACAAAGAAAGCUGCUUUAAUUUACAAAGGAUAGGAGAAGAGUGUUCAUUAGGUACGCAAUGCAAUAUAAUCGUCCCGCCGUCGUGGAUAGUUAAACUCCCGAAAAGGGGUAGCUUUAAGUCUUCAUUAAGAAAAUCGCCAAAAAAGAAGAAUACAGCGAAGAAAAAAGGAAAGGAUUCUAAAAGCGAACAAAAGACUUUCGUAAUCAAACCAAUUCCAACUGCCAACGUAAAACCGGUGCUGGUUUUUAUUAAUCCGAAGAGUGGAGGCAAUCAAGGGGCAAAACUAUUGCAGAAAUUCCAAUGGCUGCUCAACCCGAGACAGGUGUUCGAUCUUACCCAGGGUGGACCAGGACCUGGAUUAGAAAUGUUUCGCAAAGUACACAACUUGCGCGUGCUGGCGUGUGGUGGCGACGGCACAGUGGGCUGGGUGCUAAGCGUGCUCGACCGCAUCGGGUCUCGACCAGCUGUGGGCGUGCUGCCUCUGGGAACCGGCAACGACCUGGCCAGGGCGCUAGGUUGGGGCGGUGGAUAUGAAGAUGAGCCUAUAUCAAAAAUCCUGGCUCAUAUCGGCGAGAGCGACACCGUGCUGCUGGACCGCUGGCAGCUGAAGGUGGAGCCCAACGAGGCGGCGUCGGGCGAAGACACUAGUAAUGCUAAACCAGAUUUGCCUCUCAAUGUCGUCAACAAUUACUUCUCGUUCGGUGUCGACGCACAUAUCGCUCUCGAAUUCCAUGAAGCCAGAGAGGCCCAUCCCGAAAAGUUCAACUCCCGCAUAAGAAACAAGCUGUUUUACGGCACGGCUGGCGGUAAGGAUCUCAUGCAGCGCAAGUGGAAGGGCCUGGCGGAUUUCGUCACGAUGGAGUGCGAUGGGAAGGAUUAUACACCAGUGCUUCGGGAACAUAAAGUGCACGCAAUCGUAUUUUUAAACAUUCCAAGCUAUGGGGGUGGAACUCACCCUUGGAACAAGUCGGGAGGAACUUCCGAGCCCUCGACUGAAGAUGGUCUAAUAGAAGUUGUAGGAUUGACCACCUAUCAACUACCAUUACUGCAAGCGGGUGGUCACGGCACAUGCAUCACUCAAUGCAAGACGGCUAAGAUCGUCACCACGAAAGUAAUUCCAAUGCAAGUCGACGGCGAGGCUUGCAGGCUGGCACCUUCGAUUAUCACGUUGUGCAUAUUAAACCAGGCGAUCAUGCUCGCUAAGAAGAAACCAGGAAGAGUGUUGGCUCCCCUAACCACAAUGGACAAAUUGUCACUCACCGUGAAUCUCAUAACGAUGGUCGAUUACGAGCGGCACCAUUACGAUAAGGAAUUGUUAGCCAAAACAGCGGAACGGGUCGGCACUUUGGAAGUGAACCCAGCGGCUGACUUAGAGCAAUUACGGACUCUCGUACAAAACAUGAUCAAAGAAUCUCAGACAUACUCGAAUCUCGUUGAUUGGUGGUUCGUGGACUCGGUGACAGCCGAGCGGUUCUUUCGAAUUGACAAAGCUCAAGAAAAUCUUCACUACCCGACCGAUAUUGGACAUGAAAACAUUUAUAUCCUCGACGCGGCGCCGCUCACUCCUGACACAGAAUCAACCGCGCACCCUGACACCACUGCGACAGCUUCCUUAGAUCGCACCGGACCAUCUGUGUCUUUGGACACGACCACUGGACUAUCCGUGUCGCUGGACAUAUCGCAGAGUGUCGACACUCCCAGCGCCGGAGUUUCUUUGGAUGUUCCAGAAUCACAUGCUAGUGAAUCGGGAUUCGGAAGCCCGGCGCGAACAUCGGAGGAACUGCUUACUCCUCAAACGCCGCCUUCAGGAUUGUUGACAGCGCCUGCCGCUCCAAAAAUAUCCAUCCGUCCAUCGUCCAAAACUUCUCCUCAGCCACCAAAAACACCCUCAGUACAAGACUCCACCUCCCCGCCACUGUGCACCAGUCCUCCGAUCAAAGACCUGCAGGCAAACCGUGACUCUAUUGCACGCUUCAAAACCGUUCACGAAAAGUUGUUUGGAUUUGACCAAGAAGUGUUGGGAUGUAGGAAUUUAUUGGAGAAAACAACGGACGCGCUGCUCAAAGCUGCAAAAGUGGGUGAUUUGAAAAUGAUGAAAGAGCUACACGCGUCGGGUUACUCGCUGCUGUCGAUCGACGCGACCGGGCAGACGGCGCUGCACAUCGCAGCGCGGUACGGGAACAAGGAGAUAGUGAAGUACCUGAUCGCCAGCGCGCCGUCCGCCAUCCUCAACAUGCGCGACAACGAGCGCGGCCAGACGGCGCUGCACAAGGCCGCGGCGCACAAGCGCAGGGCCAUCUGCUGCAUGCUGGUGGCGGGCGGCGCGUCGCUCGCGCGGCAGGACCACGCCGGCCUCACGCCGCGCCACCACGCGCUCAGGGCGGACGAUCACGACUUGGCGGCCUACUUAGAAAGUCAAGAACAUUUUCAAUUAGUAUCAGAAGAUUUAGAGACAGCUGUGUGAGAAGAAGACAGUGAUAAAUAUUUUACCAGAAAACUUAAAUGCUAAAUAACUAACAGCAUUGUAUAAAUGACUUUAAUAUUUUAAAAUUUUAUUGUUUACUCAAACACCAAAGUGAUAUUGAGAAUUUCAAUUUACUUAAUAAUAAUAUAUUAUAUAUUUCGCUUAAAAUAUUUCCAUUAAAGUGAUUUAGAUUUAUGUACAUUUAAUAAUAAUACAGCUAAUUUUUAAUUGUUAUAAUUCUAAGACAUUCAAAAACUCAUUAGAUUUAAAAUUUAUCCAUUAGUUCACGGAUGUAGAAGCAAUGCAAUAAAAAAUAUUGUAACAGAUACCUACAUUAUUAUCAAUAAUAAUUAUUUCCCUUACUCUACAAAUGCAUAUCCUAAUUCGACCAAAACAAAUGACUUUAUACAUAAACGAUAUUCUUUUACUAAGAAACAGAAUACAAUUUAUUUUUUCAAACCAUUGGCACUUUACUUUUUUUAUGAUCGCCCUAAGAUUUUUCUAGUUCAACUAAUAAGCCGUUAACAGAUUUUGCACGGAUAGUCUAAGAAUGUUUGCCUAUUGUGGUGAAAUCUAGAAAUAAAAACAGUACUUAAUUAAUAAUAAAAUAACGAUCAAUAAGUUCGUUUUUUUUUCUCAAGAUAUGAACACUACCCACACCCUACACACUAGAGUGUAGACCGAGACGAUGACGGCUUGAGCCACCAUCGAUACUAAAAGCUUUAUAUUAUGAAGGACAUCGAAUGGUUCUAGCAUAAUAUUGUGCCAACCUGGUAAAAAACGACAAGCACAGUUUAAUUUUUGCAGUUUUGUCACAAAGUAAUAUUAUUUGGUACCUACUUAAAACCUCAGGGAUGCAUAAAAUAUUAUUUCAAUUCCCACAAUAGGCAUAAAUCUAGUUUGCAAUACCUACUGGCAACGCAUAACCACUAUUAGUAUUACCUAGCAACUAUAAGUUUUUAUCAAACACCUCUUCAAAAAGUCGUAGUCUACUGGCUCUUGAGCCUCCUUUUACAGCGACAACAAGAUCUACGAUAUAUCAGUACAAUUUAAAAGCAUUUCAGUAAUAAAAAAAAAAUUAAAAUACACUCGUCAUUUUAUAAUUCGCGUUCAUUGAUAAUUAUUAUUAUUAUUAAGUACCUAUUCGUUAUUUCGAAAUGAUAAGAAAUUCCUGAGGCAUAUCUUAUUUACAGUAGCCAUAAAUUGGCAUCUCCUGAAAUUUGAGCAGCUGUUUAAAUUUAAGGAUAAACGAGUUACUAAGAGUGUGUAAAUAUUAUUUGUUUGGUUUGAGUUAAAUCUCUUCAACUAUGUAAAAUGAAGUCGAAUUACAUGUACAUUACUACUACUAAGCAGGCCUUAUUACUUUAUAUCAACUUGACGAAUAAUUUGUUGUGUUUAACUGUUGUAAGAUUAAAAUGUACUCGUGGCAAUAAUAAUUAUGCCUCUUUAAUAGCGUGGUAACACCAGAUUUUCAUCGUAAUACUAAUAAGUUAU